AGAGCAAAAUAGGAAAAGAAUUGUGGCGGCUAAAAAAGAGGAUAUAGAAAAAAAUAAAAUAAAAUAAAUAUAUACAAGAGUAUCAUGUCAGAGUGAAUGCGAUUGAUUCCUAAAUCCUAAUCAGAAAAAACCCUAGUGCCACCCUCUGCACUGCACUUGAGAAAUCGCCGAUGGGGAAGAAGCGAAAGGUAGCACCCAAAUCUUCUCAAUCCGUUGAACCUCCGCUCAAGCAUCACCAACCUGAACCCCAAAUUGCGCCACCCGAGUACGAGGAAGUCGAGGAGGAAGAAGAGGAGGAAGAAGAAGUAGAAGAGGAAGUAGAGGAGGAGGAGGAGGAGGAAGAAGAAGAAGAAGAGGACGAUGAAGAGCAACAACAGCAACAAGACGAGGACGACGACCCGAUCGAGAAGCUUCUGGAACCUCUAAGCAAGGAUCAGAUCUUAAAUCUUCUGUGCGAGGCGGCGGCGAAUCACCGCGACGUGGCGGACCGGAUCCGCAAGGCGGCUGACGAGGAUCCCGUGCACCGGAAGAUCUUUGUGCACGGGUUGGGGUGGGACACUACCGCGGGAACCCUAAUCAGCGCGUUCCGGCAGUACGGAGAGAUCGAGGACUGCAAGGCCGUCACCGACAAGGUUUCCGGCAAGUCCAAAGGUUACGGCUUCAUCCUCUUCAAGACGCGGCGCGGCGCGCGCAACGCGCUAAAGCAGCCCCAGAAGAAGAUCGGCAAUCGCAUGACAGCGUGCCAGCUGGCGUCCAUCGGCCCCGUCAGUAGCAGCCAGAGCCUGCCGCAGGCAUUGCCUUCCUCGGUGCCGACGCUGUCAUCAUCGGCUUCGGAGUACACGCAGAGGAAGAUCUACGUGAGCAACGUCGGUGCGGAACUCGAUCCGCAGAAGCUUCUGGCGUUCUUUUCACGGUUCGGGGAAAUUGAGGAGGGGCCUUUGGGACUGGAUAAGCUAACCGGUAAACCGAAAGGGUUUUGUUUGUUUGUUUACAGGAGUCCGGAGAGUGCAAAGAGAGCCUUGGAAGAGCCUCAUAAGGACUUUGAGGGGCAUAUUUUGCAUUGCCAGAAGGCGAUUGAUGGGCCCAAGCCUGGGAAGUUGCAACAACAGCAACACGGGAACGUGAAUGCUCAGGUCCAGCGGACCCAGUUCCAGAGGAAUGAUACUGCCAAUGCAGGUGGUGCGUAUGUUGGUAGUGCUGCAGCAGCGCAGCCGGGACACUUGAUGGCUCCAGCUGGGCCAGGGAUUGGGUUUAACCAAGCGGCGUUGAAUCCGGCGUUGGGGCAGGCGUUGACGGCCCUCCUGGCGUCGCAAGGGACGUUGGGGCUGACGAAUUUGCUGGGGAGCAUUGGAACGAGUGCUGCGGUGAACCCUGGUGUGCCUGCUGCAGGGGCUGGAGUACAGAGUGGUUACAGUGCUCAGUCAAAUAUUAGUCCGGGUGUUAUCGGAGGAUAUGGGACCCAGGUGGGAUUGCAGGCUGCAUAUCCGAAUCCGAAUCAGCAGAUAGGGCAGGGUGGUUCUGGAAGAGGGCAAUAUGGUGGUGGUGGUGCGCCUUACAUGGGGCAUUAGGUUUGAUGGCCAUGCUUUAAGUAUUCACCAAUAAUGUAAUUUGAUUAGCUAAAAAAAAAACAAAAUAAACAUGAUUUUAAUUUUUUAGAAAUGUUUGUAUUUUUUUGGUUUUCUUUUCUACCUCUUUACAACCGAAAAAUAUACAGGGUCCCUCUGUUUACUCAUUCAACUUGGAAAUGCCAAUCUUGCUUUGUCAUUGCCAACCUUGUUUAGAAUUGUCCUUUGAAGUUGUCAAUGCUGUGGAUUUUGUUGUUGAUCACUUUGGGGUUUUUCUCUUCUCCCAGUGAUAUGUCUGGGAAAUUAUUUUGUAGUUUAUUUCUCAGCCAUAUAUGAAUGUUUUUUCCCGUCACUAUCAGAAAUGUGAACUGAUUUUAUGAGGCUGACGAUUAUAUAUGGUACUUCCCCUAAGCAGUUUUCAAAUUUUUCUGCCAAUAUGGGCUUUAUAUACUCGUGAUACUCUUCAAUUCUAGCAAAAUGCUUUUAAACAUGUCUUUAUAUAGGGAAAACCAAAAUUUCCCAAUGUUUCUUUAGGCUUAACUCUGCUUUCUGAAGUAGGAGAUGAAGUCAACUUUGUUAUAAUGAUUGAUUGAUUUGAUUGAUGUCCUGCUUACAGUCAUGGAAUAGGUGGCUUUCAUGGACUGGAAGGUAUGAUACAGUGUUUUAUGUCUAAUUCCUUUUAUUUUAGUUGAAUGUCAACUUUGUUGGCAUUCUUUAAGUUUGUUUGGAUAAACUUAUAAGUAUAUCUAGAAGGAUCAUAUAAAGAAAGGAAAUUGAAAUAUUUUUUAUUAUAAGUAAAAAUAGUUUAGGUAUAAAAUCUGAUGUUGAAACUUUGUUAUUGGUUGUCGAAAUGUGAUUUUUUUGUUUGUUU